AUGGAUGAACGUAAAAAGGAUGUGAAGGAUCAACGGAAAAAAUGUAGUGUCCAUGUUUUCACACUGGGAAGGAGGGAUAUUGUAAUUGCUUGGCGAGGAAAUAUUCAGACACUGGAGUGGGUUAAUGACCUUGAAUUUCUACUUAUCCCAGGACCUAAAGUAUUUGGUGAUGGGGGUUUACUUCCUUUGUUUAAGCCAUUGGUGCAUCAUGGCUUCUACAAUAUUUAUACAACAGAAAAUCCACGUUCAAAGUUUAAUCAGUAUAGUGUCCGAGAUCAGGUUCUUGAAGAAGUGAAAAGACUGGUUGAGGAAUAUAAGAAUGAAGAGGUGAGCAUAACAGUAACCGGCCAUAGCCUAGGUGCAUCACUUGCAACCCUAAAUGCAGUGGACAUAGCUUUCAAUGGAAUCAACAAAACAAGCAGUGGCAAGGAGUUUCCAGUGACAGGUUUUGUAUUCGCAAGUCCUAAAGUUGGGGAUCUCAAUUUUCAUAAGGCCUUUUCCAAACUGAAAAACCUUCAUAUCUUGAGAAUUCAUAACUUAUUGGAUAUUGUUCCAAAAUACCAACCGCUUGGCUAUAUAGAUGUAGGAGAGGAACUAAUAAUUGACACCACAAAAUCCCCAUAUUUAAAGCUUCCUGGAGAUGUGCUCACUUGGCAUAAUUUGGAGUGUUAUAUGCAUGGAGUGUUGUAUGCAUGGAGUUGCAGGGAAGCCUAUCAGCAACGUUUUGAGGAAUGGCGUCAAAGUCAACCCGAUUCCGAGGAUGGUAGCUCAACCCAAGUGUCACUCAAUGAUGUAGCUUCAAUAUGGACGCAGGUGGUUGGUGGCGCAAAGAAAGGUAGAACCUACGGUCUUGGAUCACAAUAUUCUGUAGGUCGUUCUACGACAUUGUUGUCCGGUGAUGCGAGUUAUUCGCAAUAUCACGAAGAGGUGGAAGAAUUACGAAAAGAAGUUGAAGAGUUGAAGGAGGAACGGAAAGAAGAUCGCGCAAAUUUUAACAAAUUGCAGAGUCUAGUGGAGAAAUUUAUGAGCGGACGUCCAUUUGGUCCUUCGAAUGGCGAGGAUGGCGGGGAUAAUGAGCUUUAG